AUGCUCCGCCGCAAGCCCACCGCGCUGGCCGUCACCGGCGAAGACAUCGCCCCCUUUGAAGAAAAAGUGCUCCGCCUCCUCGCGUACGACAGAUACUUGACGACGGGGGAGGAUCCGGACGGUCUGUUCCGCAACAACAACGACGACGAGGACGACGCCAACGGCGGGCAUGAUCCUGACGGGACGACGAGCGACGGCGGCGGCGAUGCUGCGGGGACCAAAAAGAAAGCGGGGGUCAAAGAACACAACCCCAGCGACGAGCUCAAGCCGUUGCCAGGGGACAAAGCGCGGAUCGUGAGGAGUCGCGAGGAGCGGAUUAUGGGCGGCGGCGGCGGCAGUGGUGGUGCAGGGGCGCGGUGA